AUGUCAAGCAGCUCGUCCAGUGACUUCUCGGACGAAGACACGGAGGCGCCCGGGCUCAGUCCAGCGCCUCCGUCUGCACUCGAGCUCAGCCAAAUGGUGGAACUAGCUCAGGUAUGCUCGUUCUGUGCCACAUUUCGCGAGCCCCUGCGUCUCCCGAGCUUUUCGCGAACGGAGCUUCAGGAGGCGUUGCUCAGUGCUUCCAACGGCCAUAUACUUCAUAUCGAACUGUUGGCGGAAUUGCACUUCAAGUUGGCACGUGAACACCCAACGGCCAAAAUGGAGAAAAUGGUGCAAGACUGGGAGAAGGCUUUGGCUCGGAAGUUGCAGGACAAUUGGCGCAAGGACUUCUCGACAAAUCCUAUGCGUGGAAGUAUAAUGUAUCAAGAUUUGACAGUGUUGGAUCGGGUGAAAAUUCUAGUCGCUUUGUGUCAUUGGAAGCUGGACACGUGUGGAGAGAUUCAAAAACACAUCGCAACGCUUCAGAGGGAUAACGAUAACGAGGCUAUAAAGAGUUUGCGAGCAAGAGAGAUAGGGACAGAUGAUAAGGGUGUAUCAUAUUGGUACUUUGGUGACGAAAGUUGGGUGUAUGCUGAAGAUAAACCACGAUGGCAGCUUGAGGAACGAAAGCCGUCGUAUCUCGUGGAAUUUGCUAGCGCUAAACGAAUUCGACUAUCAGUUAAUUUUGAUCCGGACUAUAACGCGUCGGCUCUACCUCUUUGCUCGCCACAACAGGCGAUGGCAGUGUCUGACAAAAUCGAUUGCGGAGAAAGAGCAGUAAAGGAGAUGUCUUUGGAUGGAAUAAACGAUGACAAUAAGCGGAUUCUUAAAUCAGCGACUAUGGAAGGCGGUAUUGUGCCAUCUGGGGCAGUGAAGUUGAGGAAUGAUCACUUGAAAGCUGAAGUGGUGAAGCUUGAGAAAGAAGUAGCAUCAUCGGUGUCAGUUGUCGAAGCAGCUGGUUUUGUAGCAGAUGAAAAGACUGUGGUUGUCAAAGCUGAGUCCUCGAUUACUACUGAGACACGAGUUUACGGGGGAAUGAGCAAUGGUGUGGUGUCUCAAUCCAGUGACGCUAGAGACGGGAAGUGUGAAGUUUUCUCUCCUGGCGUGAUACUGUCUUCGCGUAAGCAGGAUGAUGAAGGCCUAAUCGAAACAAGAGACGGGGAAAAAGUUGCUUGCGCACAGUCUACCGUAGCCAAAGAUGCGGCAUCACACACUGGGUUGAUGCAAAUCCUGGCUACAGCACCAGACCUUGGCGCGGCUGUCCCAGGCAACUAUGGCACGAAAGACGCUAUUGCGAAGAGGGAAAACAGUGAUGUCGAAAGCUCAGGAAAGGUUUUAACAGUUAAGGCAAACGACGAUAGAUCAAGCGAUCUGGUCCGCCCAUGCGCUGUGCCCAACUUAAUAGGUAAAAAGCGCACUAUCGUUGAUGACGACAGCAGCGAUAGCGACGAAGGAUUAACGAGUAAUGAAAAGGCAUCUGACAGGGCGUCACAAUCUCCAACACCACAAAAAAAGCGUAAAGCUAGCGUUGAAAUCGCUCGAAGUGCAACACUUCUGGACGCUGUAAAGACUGAGAGCGAACCGAUGAUGUUGCGGGGUGGGCAAGUCAAUGGAGUGGUUGCCUUUCAAGCUCAAGGAGUCACAGCGGGUAUGAAUGAGACGUCCUCAUCAGCACGUACUGACCUCGUCACAACUGUCGCGAUUGAUCGGAAGGAAAGGGGCAUGCGGAAAGCUGACGUUAGGCCAGUAUCUUUGCAUACCCUAGAAGCAAGUUCGUCAUCUACAACGAAUACGGACAUAGGGGUGGCUUCUGUAAGCAAAACAUCCAGCGUGGCAAUUGGCCUUGUAAACUUGCCGGGGACUGUUUCAAUGUCGCCGACAGACCCAGCUGCGGCACCCGAAAUGUUUGAUAUUACCUGUGAGAACUGCAAAAAGUGCUAUGACAUGAGGUACCUCGACCCUCCUUUGGUAGAACGUCCGUCAGAUGAAUGGCGGUGUUUUGAAUGCCUUGUGAAUGAUGCUCGAGGCUGGCCUCGUCGGCGCAAGUCUAUUGCGAGAGAGCCCUUUCCACCCAGAGCGCGUGGUCGUGCACCAGAGCUUUCAUUUCGAAAGCGAGGUUCAUCGUCAACGCCUCAAGUCGGGUCUUUAUCGUCAAAGAAUUCGAAGAAAAGCUAUCGCAAAAGCCAUGCCAGCUCAUCUUCGCAAUUGAGAAGCAGUCACAGCAGAUCUUCCGGACGGAAGACGUCGGAUAGCAAGAGCAGCAUCAGUAGGAAAUCCUCUUCAUCAUCUGUGAGGAAACACAAAAGGCACAAGUCGUCAUCGUCUUCGCGUCAUCAUCACAGUAGCAGUCACAGCCGUCGCCGAAGGCGCCACAGCCAUCGUUAUUACGAUGAAUUUGCGAGGCUUUUUCAGUUGUUCUGCGAGCGACAGGAGCAGCGUCUUGGUAUCGAAAAUGCCCGAAUGAACGGAAUUCAGCAGGUGGCUUGUGACGAAGGUGUCCACGGUUGGAGAGUGGCUAGCUCAAAACUUGAUGAUCUGCGAGUUUUGAUCCAAUCACUCUCGGGAGGAUCGCUUGAACAAGACCGGCUGCGAGGACGCCUGAUCUUGAUCGUAAAGGAUCAAGAGAAACUCGAGGACCAACGGCGCAAAGAACAAGAGCUUGCUUGGAAUAUUCUUCCACGACGGCAGUCGUCCCGCAUUGCAAUCGGGAGAAUGAAGAAUCAAUCCGCUGAGGACUCAGAUGCGAAGGAUGGGUACUCUGACGACGACUUUGAAGCUCGACGCCCCGGGUUGCGGUCAAGAAGACCGCAGUCUACAUCAAAUGGCGAUGUCAAGCAAAGUCAAGAUCGAGCAUGGCGGGCACGGAGACGGCGUCAACCUUCAAAUGAUGAUUUGGAUUCAAAGGAGAAUGAGAUGGGCAACAGUGGUACUGGAAAUUGGGUGGACUGGUCUAUGUUGAAGCGUUCUAAGGACAAUGUAUGCCGCCUUUCGGUCGUCUGCCUCGCGCUCGUCAACAGGCUAUUGAAGGAAGAAGUUUCGGAAAUGUUUUCCCGACCAGUGGAUCCGGAGCUUGAUGGCUGCCCGAAUUAUUUGUCCGUGAUUGACCAACCGAUGGAUCUCGGUACGAUUCGAUCGCGUGCAAAAGCCAAGCUCUACCGGAAAUGGGGUUUAUUUAAGAAGGACGUCGAACUGGUUUGGCAAAAUUGUCGUACAUUUAAUGCACCCAACACAAUGGUAGUGCAGUUUGCUGCCUUGCUCGAAAAGUUGUCGCGCUCGAUGUACGUUGCUGCAGAGAGGAAAGGAGUGGAUCGAUUAAGCGGCGAAAGAAACGAAGGAUGUGACGGAAGUGAAGACGAUAGUGAAAAAAACAGUUUGAGCGACUCGGGCAAAACUGAAUUCCGUACCAGUGUCAACAAAGCAUGGACUGAAAGCAGUGCCUCAGAAAGCCAUGAUUCUAGUCCCGAUGACGCAUCCUCUGAUGACGGCGAUGCGCAGGGUCGCAAGCGAAGACCAACACGUACGCUGGUAACGAAGAAAACUCGUGCGCGAUCUACGAGAUCGAGGGGUGUCACCAGCCGGACUAGGCGGAGCACGCGUAGUCGUUCCACUAAGAAGCGUUCUGCACCUACUUCAAGCAGCGAGGAGUCUUUUGCUGACAAAGACGAGAUGUCACCAUCUCCUGUGCGAAAGACUCGGCGUCAGCUUCGGGGGUCAUUACCCAAGACAGGUUGUAAUGCGGACCCUCCAACUGAAAGUGAGGACUCUAGCGACGAUGACGGUGCAAACAGCCAGCCCGCACCGUCUCGAAAGAAAGCCAUGACGCCUUCCUCGCCACCUCCUCCUCCGCAAGCGGCACAGAAGCGGCAUAAGCCUCGACUGGUCAUAAGUGAUACUUCAGACUCUGACGACAGCUCCAGCAGCAGUGACGAUAGCUUAUCUACAUCGUCAACCUCGGACUCAGAUGACUCGGACAGCGACGGACAGUCGCCAAACAACCGACCCCAGCCACCUUCGCCGUCUGCAGCCGAUGUUUCUGCUCCGCCGCCACCGUCGACUCCUCCACCUGCUGUUUUGUCGGACGAUAACAAUUUGUCCAUGCGAUCGACACCGAAUCAUACUCCCAAGUCGAAAAGUGAAGCAAAGAAGACGAAAACGGCGUCUGCAGCAAAGCCUGGCUACAUGCACUCCCCGCCAUUGUUGAAUUCGUAUCUCUCGCCGUCGUCGUCGUCGUCGUCGUCCGACUUUUCUUCUGGUGGCAGCGAUUCUAGUGACGGCGAUAGCGACAGCGACUGA